GUCCAGCGCUCCGUUCCACUCUGGCUGCCAUGACCUGGAGAGCCGCGACGCGGGGCGCCCACCAGCCGGACAACACUGCGUUCACGCAGCAGCGCCUCCCCGCCUGGCAGCCGCUGCUGUCGGCCGGCAUCGCGCUGCCGCUGUUCUUCUGCACGGGCCUGGCCUUCAUCGGCCUCGGCCUGGGCCUCUACUACACCUCCAACGGCAUCAAGGAGCUCGAGUACGACUACACGGGCAACCCGGGCACUGGCAAUUGCUCGGUGUGCGCCGCGGUUGGCCAGGGCCGCGCGCCACCGCCCAGCUGCUCGUGCGCCUGGUACUUCUCGCUGCCGGAGCUCUUCCAGGGCCCCGUGUACCUGUACUAUGAGCUCUCCAACUUCUACCAGAACAACCGGCGCUACAGCGUGUCCCGCGACAACGAGCAGCUGAGCGGCUGGCCGAGCGCGCUGCGCAACCCGGCCAACGAGUGCGCCCCCUACCAGCGCAGCGCCACCGGCCUGCCCAUAGCGCCUUGCGGCGCUAUCGCCAACAGCCUCUUCAACGAUUCCUUCUCGCUGUGGCACCAACGCCGGCCCGGUGGGCCCUACGUCGAGGUGCCGCUCGACCGCACGGGCAUCGCCUGGUGGACCGACUACCACGUCAAGUUCCGCAACCCGCCGCUGGUGAACGGCAGCCUGGCGCUGGCCUUUCAAGGCACCGCGCCCCCGCCCAACUGGCGCCGGCCGGUCUACGAGCUCAGCCCCGACCCCAACAACACGGGCUUCAUUAACCAGGACUUCGUAGUGUGGAUGCGCAUCGCGGCGCUGCCCACGUUCCGCAAGCUGUACUCUCGGAUCCGCCAGGGCAACUACUCGGCCGGCCUGCCUAGGGGCUCCUACUUCAUCAACAUCACCUACAACUACCCGGUGCGCGCCUUCGGCGGCCACAAGCGGAUCAUCUUAAGCAGCAUCUCGUGGAUGGGCGGCAAGAACCCCUUCCUGGGCAUCGCCUAUCUGGUGGUCGGCUCUCUCUGCAUCCUCACCGGUUUUGUCAUGCUGGUCGUCUUCAUUCGCUACCAGGACCAGAACGACGAGGACGAGGACCAGGAGUGAUCCCUGCUUUACGCCAACACUCUCUAGCAAGCUUCUUUUGGCUGCUUCCUCCC